UCCGCCUCGAGUUGGCUACGUCUCGCGCCCGACCUUGAUCCGAUCCAAGGCCCCACCUCACGUCACGUCAAUGAUGGAGAACCCGUUGCACUCGUCAAUCCUACCCAAGGCCGGUGGGCUGCGCAAAUCUAGCUCCACGCGCAGCUUGGCAUCGCUGGCCGAUGUGCAGGCACUUAUUAUCGCCCAAGAUGAGGAGGAGCAGGCUCAGCAGCGCCGGAAGUCGCUGUCCAAGCCGCCGCGCCACUCCAGCGUGCCAAUGUACGCUCAAAUCCUACUGCAGCUGUGGCAGAACGAGUUGCAGCGCAACGACGUGGACCUCACGAGCGAUUUUUUCUACGACCUCAACGGCACGGAGGAGGAGGGCGUGCAACUCGUGGGGCGCAUGCAAGCGCUCGGGUUUAACAUCACCGUGCCACAGUUCCUGGCCAUGCACCGAUGCUCCAUCUACUCGGUGCUUUUGGUGGCGCUGUGA